AUGUUCUUAGAAUUAUUAUAUUCCAGGAAAAAGGUCGAAUUCAAAUUGCCUCGAGGUGGACCGCGCCGUCAAGGUCUUCGUCCACCUGGUCCUCCUUGUGGUAUCCCUCCUGACCUCAGUGAUAGUGAGGGAGAAGGCGAUGAUCCAUACCACGUUCCGAUACCCGCAGACGAUGACCUUGCACCUGUUAUAAUUCCUGACUUCGAUGGGCCAAAUAAGUUCCCCAAAUUCCCUCCAGUUCUACCAUUGAGGCAACCUCCCGGGCCUCCUCCUCUUGGUCCCGUUCCACCCAGAUUCAAUCCUAUGGGCAUUCCCAUGCCGCCAAUACCCACAGCCCCAGACCCAAGUGCUGUAAUUUCUUCGGCUCCUGUCAUCCGACGCGACCGUGAAGCACCUGUGAUAGGGCCUCAAGCACCUACAGUUGUUUCUGCUGCACCACAGCUGAGGAAUUUGCGAAAAGAAACUGUUAAGCUUGUGCCCGUUGUCCUUAAACGUAAGCCUGCUGGUGUACGACCCAAACCUGCCAUUCGUCGACCGCAGACAGAAGCAACUCAGCAAGCGAAGACCACCGACGAAGCUUACAAUGAGUUUAUGAAAGAAUUAGCAGAUCUCAUCUGA